ACAGACUUGGGCCCAGUUUCACCAAAUGUCACUUUAAUCUUGGUUUAAUUCACGUUUGUCUCUUUCCAAAGUAACAGUUGGAAAGAGGCAAGGAAUGAAUUAAGCUAAGCUUUAAGUUAACGUUGCUGAAGUCUGACCUAAGGAUUGUCCUUGCUGUUGGCAGUUGCUAGUUAACCGAAGAUCAUCCAUUUACUCGCAGGCAAGGUUUGAUCGUCAUGGAUACAUCCAUCAACGUGAUGCACCGUAUCUUACAGGACGCCUCGUUGCCGUCUACCAUUGAAGAUCUUAAAAAUCCAACGGAGAAAUACGUCGUGAAUUUAUUGUCAACAUUCUUGGCGUGGUUUCAUAUCGAUAUCAACGCGAUCGAUCAGCCAAUUUCGGAACAACUUACCGCUAUGACGUACUACGACGAUUCCGACGUGAUAAAUCUUAUAAAUUUACACACAGUUGUAAAACAUAUAUUCGAAAAGAUAUUUCUACACGACUUUUGUCUCACCGACAUUACCAGUCCAGGGCAUAAACGACUUAGGAAACAAGCAAAGUUUCUGUCUAACUUUGUAUUAUAUGCUAUGCAUAAGAAACCACAGAUCACUGAGAAGAUGAAUGAAAUUCAGAAUGCAGUUAAGCUGCUCGAGGAACUGAAAGAAAAAAAGGCUCAAGUUUCUGAGUCUUUUAAUAAUAAGAUUAUGCACAAAGCGAAGCAGCUGUCCAUGAUUGAAAAACUAGAAUAUGAUAUACAACAAAUAGAGUUAAAUGCAGAAAACAUUGAUAAAAAAGUGGUUGAGGUUGAAGCAGUGAAAACCAAGGUGGAAAAGGAAAAUCUAAAAACUAAAGAAGUUGUUAGCUCCCUUAGGAUAAAUAGGGGGAAACUAACUGAUAAGGUAACAGAUAUACAAUCAGAAGUUAUAAAUUCUCCGGAAAAAUAUAAAUCCCGUUUAGACGAAAUCAAGUCGCAAAAGGCAUUGAAAGAAGAAGAACGCGGUAGAAUGGAGGAAGUCAUUCAGGACAAGAAACGAUCCGCAAAACGAUUCAAUGAAAAACUUAGUUUAGUUCAGAAAGUAACUAACGAGUUUUGUAUAUUGGCAAAUAUACUUCAAGAGCACAAAAGCAAGAAAGAGGAAUUAAAUAAUACUAGCAAAGAAAUUGAUUUAUUGAAUAAUACAUCCAGUAAGUUAAAAACUGAAUCAGCAAUGCACGAAAGUAAAGUGAAUGCUGAAAAAACCGAGAUAAACACACACCGUGAAGAUAUACUUCUUCUGUGCAAUCAGCAUAAACAAUUAUUAAGUGAAAAAAAGAUACAGAAAACUAAAAUAGAUAACAAUCGAGAUUGUUACAAUGAAAAAAGCUUGAAAAUAAGUAAAUUACAAGCGGAAAUUAAAGUGACAGAGGAAAAAACUACAGCUUUUAUGAAGAGUUGCCAAGAGGCUUAUGAUAAGGAAAUUGCUGAAGAGAAAGAAUUACGAAAAGCCUGGGAAGGAGCAGAAAGUUUUGUGUAAAAUAUUUAAAAAAAUUUAAUGUAUAAAUAGUUAAUAUGAAGUAUCAAAGUAUGCAUAUGUAUCAAAGAUGAUAUUCUAUAUGUCUUUUUUUAUUGAAAAUGUGUAAUUUGUUAAAAUAUAACUACUCUUUUCUACAA